CGGUAUUUAGUCAUCAUAAUAUGUGUAUUUUUUGUCAAUGAUGACAUGUAUUGAUACAUAUUUACAUUCCAAAUAUCUAGAGAACAGUUAUCCGUAGCGAGUUUUAUCAAGAAGCCUCUUUUACGUAAACGAUGGCGGAAAUGUAUAUUUCUUCACUCAGUAGUUUUAUACAGGUGUGGACGAAAAUGUAUUUCCCGCCCCCUAAACGCCGAAGUCAUAUUGAUAUCGAAAUCAAAUUUCUCGAUUUUUUCAAAAAAAUUACUUAUUUAUUUACCUACACCCUGUAUAUUUAGAAUCUGAAGCAUGUUAUUAGUAAAUUGGACUAUUGACGUUUCCAUAGCGGCUUUCAAAAUACAAACAGUUCGUAUAAAAUCAGCAAAAUGUGUUUCAGAUUAAAGGAAAAAGCUUUGUUUAUCCAUUAAAUAUGCAAUAAGGUCAAUCGAUUUAUAAUACAUAGCUAGAAUAGUAGAAACAUAUAAUAGGCUUGAAAAAAAUUGUACACUUUAUUUCUCCAUCGCAGUAGUAGCUAUGUAUGUACCUAAUUCAUUGCAGUGGCUGAUAAUAAUUAAUUAACCAAUUGUCUUUAAACUACUUACUAUGGCUAAUAAAGAGGACAUAAAAAAUUUUCAGAGCCGCUCUGAUCUAGUCGCUUAUUGGAGCGUACCUUUGUUAGAUGGUGUGCACACUGUUGAAUUUGAACACGGCACUACUACUGGAAAGAGAGUACUGAGACUAAAUGGAAAAGAAAUAUACCGAAAAGAUUGGAUGUUUAGGUUGGUGGGCGAUGUAAAAUUCACCUUGGGAAAGCAGGAAGCCAAAUGUGAAUUACGAGUGGAUCCAAUCCCGUACUUUUGUUUUUCAUAUUCGCUAUAUGUCGAUGGAAAACCUUUGGAGAAGUUUGUGGAGAAACAGAAUCAAGCGGUUAAAGCGUGGAGCAUCGUGGAAAAUGGAAAGCGCUACAGAAUUGUGUUUGAUAAGCCAGUUAUGGAGAUAUGGAUGAAUGGAGAGAUAAUUGAACCAGAAAUAGAUUUUAUAGAAAAAGGUACAGAAAUGAUAUUUCAAAUUGGAGAAGCAGAGGCAAAAAUUAAGUCCAAGAUUAGUCCAGAAAAUAAAGAAGUCAUUUAUGACUUAUUUGUGAACAACAAUCUUAUCGAAGAUGAUAAUUUUAAUGAAUAGUUUAUAGAUAUAAAAUAUACCAUACUUUAAGCUAAAUUGUAGAUAUUAUUUAUUGUCACUGCGUACAUAUGAAUACUGAGUGUUUUGCAUAUUGUCAUAAAAAUAUUUUAAAUUGAA